ACAAUAAAUUCGCACCUGCACCUUUAUCAGGUACUUUCUUCCCAGCCUUUCUUUCCAAUCCUUUUUUUUAUGUAAAUGAUGGAAUUUAAUCAAAAGGGAAACCAGCCCACGUCGUUAUAUAAUUAUUCAUCACAUAACUCAAGUAUAAGCAGACCAUGUUCCAUCAGCACAGCGUCAUCCACAGGGUCCAUCAUAUUAGACCCUUAUAACCUGUCAUUUUUAACAGAUAAUCCAAAACAUUACAAUCAGCUUGUAGAAGACCUUUCGAUUAUUGAUAAUGUGUAUGACGUACUUUCAGAAGAAUACGAAAAUGAUACUGGCUUGAAUGGUAUAAGAACAAUAACAUGGAGGAAUGUUUUUCUAAUCAAUAUACAGAUAAACAAGUACUUGAUGUAGCGAGAUAUGUAGCAUAUAAACAACAAAUAAUAAGUCAAAUAAUUCAAUCAGAGACCAACUAUGUAAAUGAAUUUUAUGAUUUUCAAGAAAUAUACGCCACUAGUAUACGGGAUUGGUUAGAUACAAAUGAAGACAAGGAAGUUAAUGUAAAAAUGAAAUCAACUCCAGCAAGGAAGACAUUAGACACGCUAUUUGAGACUUUCCAUCAUUUGUCUACUUUACAUUCAAACUUUUUAAAGGAACUGAACGAAAGAUUUAAAAUUUGGGGUCCAACUCAAUUGAUAUCUGAUGUCUUUAGUAAUUUUUACAAAGACCUUGCCACAUACAACACUUUCUUUAAUCAACAUCCAGAGUUUGUUAUGACACUAGACAUUCUUUAUAGACUACCUUCCUUUGCGAAAUUUAUCGAGACUAAAAUGAAUGAGAAUAAACAAAGACAGUCAUCGUUAAAAAUUGCCGAUUUAAUGCACUACCUCCAAAUACCAUUAACUCGUACGUCGUAUUAUGCAAAAGCGGUUCACCAGUUGAAGCAUUAUAGCGAUCCUUCAACCCCAGAUUUUACCUUCCUUUGCCAGCUCGCUGACAAUUUCAGGUCUUUGGAUAAAGAAUGGUCUGAGAGGAAAAAAAGCUGUCAGUCUCACUUGAUGGUACUUGAAGUCUAUCGAACUGUUCAAGGUUGCCCCGUCAAUGUCACCCUGAACCGAAGACUGAUCCUUUUCGCUGACUUGAUCAAAGUUGAUGUUGAUGAUGUUACGGCAACUUCUGACGUGAGAACUUACUAUCUUUAUUCCGACCAUUUAAUCUUUUGCAGAAAACAAAAAGACAAGAAGGAUGCCCCUCGUAAACUGGUUUACAAAGGAAGUCUUAACCUUCGUGGAGCAGAAUUAAAAUACCUAUCACCUGCAUUAGUAACAAAGAUGUGUGAAACAAAGAAAUCGUCUUUAUUUAAAAUUGGGAAAAAAUCUACCGAUAGCACUUCUUUACCAGGAACUGAGGCUUUUGGCUUUGAACUGGUUACUACGGAAAUAAAUGCCGAGGCAGUCGCUCCCAUGUACUUCUCAGGUGCUACCAUACCGCCACAGGUAGCAUCUGGCCCGGUUAGACGCCGUCAUAUUCUCAGAACUCGUACCGCAGAAGAGCAAAAAAUGUGGUAUGAAUCUUUGGAAAAAGUAAUCAAGACUAUCAGUCAUGCAUCUCGAAAGCAUUAAUCUUUACUCCUGCCAACCAUUCCUCUCCUUUUCUUUAUGUUGUAUUUUCAAAACAUAUGCCACAGUCCUUCCCACCAAAACUGCUUUUUGGAUAGUAAUUCUUUUCACAUAAUCAAUAAAACAUUGCCUCAAUCAGCCGAUUAGCCUUUGCAAAGUUAAUACCACUGGGCUUAUUGACCUCUUAUGCCUAAUGGUUUCAUUUUUGAGUCAUUUCAAAGUAGUUACUUACAAUACUUGCAGUAAAGUUAAAU